AUGUCUUACACCGACAACGAUGCUCUUCAUUUUCUAGCUACAUCUCUCGCUGUUUUUAUUGCCCUAUACACCCUGAUCCAUUGCAUCAUCUCCAAAUCCAUCCAAGAAGCCGCCCAGCAACCACCAUGGCUCCCGGAAUCUGGCUGGCUGGGCCUACGCGCCAUGCGUCAGUCUUUGCAAGCGGACAGAACACAGACAUUUCUGGCACUCCAAAGCGAGAGGUUCGCGAAGAUGAAUCGGAUGACAUAUCGCACCAGAUUUCUUCACCGAUUUGCCAUUCACACUUGUGAUCCUCGCAAUAUCCAGGCAGUUCUCGGCACGCAGUUCAAUGAUUUUGGGCUGGGGCCAGUGCGACGGGCGAAUUUUCGGCCUCUUCUGGGAGAUGGGAUCUUCACAGCUGAUGGGCCGUACUGGAAACAUUCCCGCGCUCUGCUGCGUCCCAGCUUUGCAAGAGACCAAAUCUCCGAUCUCGACCUGGAAGAACGCCAUGUGCAGAAUCUGCUGUGUGCACUCCCAGUCUGCCACGAUGGUGGCCGGUGGACUGGCCCCGUUGAUUUGCAACCGCUCUUCUUCCGGUUGACUCUCGAUUCCGCUACUGAGUUUCUUUUCGGCCACUCCGUUGAUUCACAACUAACUGCGCUGCUGGCCGAAAACGCUGCUAGUGAUGGGGCGAGUGGUCUGGAGGCUUCUUUCGCUCGUGCGGUGAAUACUGCGCAGCAAUCUCUGGCGACUCGAGGCCGCCUGCAGGAACUGUAUUGGCUACAUAACCCGGCUUCGUUUCGGGAAAGCUGCGCAGAUGUCCAUUCCUUUGUUGAUGGAUUUGUUCAAAUAGCUCUUGAGCGAGCGGCGUCCCCCGAGACCCAGCUCCGGGAGAAAGGUGCAGAAGAGGAGGCAAAGGAAAGGGACAAGGAGAAGAAGUAUGUGUUUCUGGAUGAAUUGGCCAGACAGACUCGGGAUCCCGUCGAGCUCCGAUCCCAGCUGCUCAACAUCCUCCUCGCGGGUCGAGACACCACGGCAUCCUUUCUGGGCUGGACAUUCUACCUCCUCGCGCGGCACCAGACCAUCUUCUACAAGCUCCGACAGAUCGUCCUGCGCGACUUCGGGACGUUCGAUCAACCCACUGAAAUCACAUUUGCUCGGCUCCAUGCCUGUCAAUACCUGCAAUGGGUCAAUCGGGAAACCCUUCGACUGUUUCCCGUGGUACCUGUGAAUGCGCGACGGGCGUUGAAGGACACCUCUCUGCCUGUUGGAGGUGGAGCAGACGGACUCUCCAAGAUUUUUAUUCGAAAGGGUCAAGUCAUAAAUUACUCGGUGCAUGUUAUGCAUCGGCACCGUGACCUUUGGGGACCGAAUGCCGAUGAGUUUGUUCCCGAAAGAUGGGACAAGCGACAAUCGGGUUGGGACUAUUUGCCUUUUAAUGGAGGGGCAAGGAUCUGUUUAGGUCAGAAGUUUGCCCUAACAAAUGCAUCGUAUGUGAUUGUUCGACUGCUUCAACGGUUCGAGGCGAUCGAGAAUGUUGAUUCGGAAACGGAGACCAAACAUCACUUGACUUUGACGGAUUGCAGUGGGACGGGUGUUCAGAUCCGACUGCAAACAGCAACUUCUUAG